UAACAGAAAAUAGAUAAAGUCUUAAGCGUAGGGCGGGUUCAUAACGGGAAAACAAAUCAUUGCAAAGUUUAACUGCUGCGUAACAUGCCUGGCAACCUUCAUUACUGAACAUCCAGCGUGAAAUGCGGCGCAUUUCCCAAGAGUGAGCAGCUUGCUUUUGGAUAACCUGCAUUGGUAUUAAGCUACUUCACCGCAUAGUGAUUCUGAGUAAUCUAAGGAGGGAUUAGUCCCGGAGACGUUUUUGGACUUGUCGGGAUGAAUAUAAUGAAUACAACGAUUUUCAAUGACACGCACGGGAAAAUAGAUGCCAUGGCCGUUCCCGUUUUGAUGUUCGGAGUCGGGGUGAUGGGUAAUGUCAUCACAAUAGCUGUGCUUUGCCGAUCUAAACAAGAACGCCGAGAAUCGGCUUUCUACACCCUGGUGUGCGGCUUGGCUGUUACCGAUCUGUUAGGGACUUGUCUUGCCAGCCCCGUAACGAUUGCAAACUACUUCGAACACCGCCUGGACGCCAACCACGCGCUGUGUGAAUUCCACUCCUUCAUUCUGCUCUUUUUUGGAGUGGCCGGACUGAGCAUUAUGUGCACGAUGUCGGCUGAGCGUUAUCUCUCAAUUAACCACCCUUAUACUUACCAGAGGUGGUACAUUAACCACCACAGCGCGCGCCGUGGUCUGUUUGUAAUUUACCUGCUAAACAUUAUAUUUUGCAGCCUCCCGAUGCUGGGCUUCAGUAAAAUCAUACCCCAGGAACCGGACACUUGGUGCUUCAUCGACUGGAGGGCCCAGAAUCAUUUGCACGCCUUUUACUCUUACUUGUACGCCGCGGUGAACUCGCUGUUCAUCUUAUUGACCGUUGCUUGCAACGUAGCCGUGUGCGGGACGCUGGUCGUCAUGCAGCGGAGGAAGACGCGACAGGUGUCGGCACGUGGAGGGAGCGACCAAAAGACGCUGCAGUCCUUGUCUGUGGAAAUCGAAAUGAUGCUUCUGCUAAUUGUGACUUCGGUGGUGGUUUUGGCUUGUUCGACCCCAUUGGUGGUGUGUGUAUUUGUUAACCAGAUUCAAUUGGCAGCCUGGAACAAGAAUGUAGAUCUGCUGGCUAUUCGCAUUGCCUCGGUGAACCCGAUUCUUGACCCUUGGGUAUAUAUCCUUCUGAGGCGGACGGUGUUCCACAAGGUCCUGGGCGCCUGGAAGCGCCUUUUCGGGGUGUGUAGGCGCGCCAUCAGGCCGCAGGGGCCACCGCAGGUACCACCGUGCGUCAUGGAUUAAACCAGUCUCCAAAGUAUCUCCUGCAGCCGUGAAACAUCAGAUCGUAAACCCUUUGAAGGUUCCCUGAACGCAGCCGCAACCGUUAAUACUACCUUCAUGGAAAUGUAAAGCAAUAGGCAUACGCCAUAGAAACUGUGUCCGUACCUGUGGAAUGUGGGUAUAGGCAAGGUCUGAGUUCAAAUGGACGUCCGUCUAUUAAUGACGAAGCCGGCGGAACUUGUUGCACUGAUUUAAUAACUGUUAAAGUACAGAUUUCACAUAACCGAACUAAGGAAUUCAGAACAUUAAAAAUCUUACCUGUUA